AUGGCACUUCUGCAGAAUGUGUCAUCGUUCAAGGUCGUGUUCCUAGAAAGCAGCAACAUGAAUGUCCGCUUGGAGGAACUAUUCCAGAACAGUUCUCUACUAGAGAAGCUGAACUACACAGAUCUUCUCUACCGAGAGUACUUCGAUCUUGCUGAAUACGUGCUGUCCACCAGAUCCCAAAUCGCCAUCGUUGUCGUGUAUUCCGUGGCCAUCCUUUUGUCUUUGAUCGGAAACAUUCUGGUCGUUAUGGUCAUGGCUAAGAACUUGAGCAAGGGGACUAAGCUGAGGACUUUCCUCAUCAAUCUAGCUGUAGCGGACUUAGUGAUGGCAGUCUUCUGCAUGCCCUUUACAUUCACGGACGUGAUGCUGCAACAGUGGCUGUUUGGAAGCGUCAUGUGUCCGCUGGUUCGAUUCUUUCAAGUUCUGUCUGUGUCUGUGAGUAUCUUUACUUUAGUAGCGAUCGGAGUGGAUCGGUACCAAGCUGUCAUGUACCCGCUGAGGAUGCGAAUGAGCAAAUCCCGGGCCAAACAAGUGGUGGCGAUCAUCUGGAUCAUGUCGUUCGCCCUGGCCGCUGUGCAGCUUGCCAGUGGCGACACGUGGUACAAGAGAUGUGAAGAGAUCCUGUGGCCCGGAAUCAACUACCGGAUCGGGUACACCAUCGUGCUCGCCUGUGUGACGUACGUCCUGCCGCUGUCCAUCCUGGCCGUCACGUACUACAAGAUCGGCGUCAAACUGUGGGGCAGACACUCGCCAUCGUCCAUAUACAGCCUCGAGGACAUCAGUGAGCGCAAACACGAACGCUGCAAGAGAAAGGUGAAAAUGAUCAUCAUCCUGGUGGGCCUGUUCGCCGUGUGCUGGCUGCCCAUCCACAUCUUCAGCAUCGUGCUGGACUUCUAUCCUGACGUCAUCCUCAGCAGCCGACAGACGGUGAUGGUGUUCUUCUUCUGCUCCCAUUGGCUGGCCAUGUCCCACAGCUUCGUCAACCCCAUCAUCUACGGCUUCCUCAACGACUCCUUCAGGACAGAUCUUAAAUGGUUGUGCCUCCGUCAUCUCUCGCGGGCUCGCUGGCUGCGCACCUCAUCGACGAAGACGAGCUCGAACUCCGGAUUUGGGCGGAACGUCACCAUCCACUGGUCCGGGAACAACGUCACCAUUACCCGGGGAACCAGGAUUAGGUUCACCAACAAGCGCCAGACAACAUCGGACGAACAAUCCAUUGAAGAAAGUGAAAAAGGCGCUGGUGUCGGUUGCGUACUCCAAAUCCCCCAGGCCGACUGUGAGGGUGAGGGGUCAUCUGGAGGAACUUCCGGCCAUGGUACACAGCCCAUGCUUAGCCACGAGGUUUCUGUCCAUCAGGACGGAGGAGCCUGCGGAACUUCAGUAUGA